UCAAUAUGGAAAUGGAUAUCUCCAGACUUGCGUAUAAGGAUGAAUCCAAGGAAGAGGUCUAUUAUGAUGAUCUCACUUUGAUUCAGAAAAUUUAUGAUAACUCAAUAAAAGACCUUGAGAAAUUCGAUUUUACAAUAAGAAAUCUCAAUUUUCAUAUUGAGCAUGCUGAGACAGAGCUUGACGAGAAAGUAACACCUCUAACAGCAGCGAGUUAUCUUGGAAGGCAUGAAAUAGUGUGCAUGAUCCUUGAAAAUACAUCUGUGGAGAUCGACCUCCCAACUGAAGGAGUAGGAAUGACUCCUCUGUCCGCAGCAUGAGUUGGAGGCCACUAUCUCGUGGUAAAGACACUAGUAGAGAAUGGUGCCGACAUAAAUUUGGCAACCAGUCUUGAUUUCCCUCCAAUGUAUUAUUGAUUUUUGCGAAUGCAAGAGACCGUUAAUAUGUUCGAAAAUAAAAAUAUUUGUUGAAAAAUAGCAGAAAUUCUCUUACAAGCAGGUGCAGAUAUUAACUUCACAAGAAACGGGAAGACCCUUCUUAUGAAGUUCUGAACUAUUCCUUAUGAGAAACUUAAUGAAUUCCAGAAAUAAUAUGAACCUAGAAAUAGUAAAGUUCUUACUCGAGCAUGGAGCUGAUAAAAGCUUUAAGACCUCCAAGGGAGAGACCGCUUAUGAUCUUGCUGAGAAGCAGCCAUGCUCAAAAGAAAUUAUCCAAAUUCUUGACACAAUAGAGCAAAAAUACUUUUAUGAUAAUGAAGAUUAUGAAAGACUCAGAGAUGAACCGGUACUUCAUACUAAAGAAAAGAAAGAUAAGCCUAAGGUCAUCAUCGAAGAGAAUGAGGUCAAGGUCGGCUGAUGAUCAUCCUUCUUCAGCUUAUGAGGAUCAUAGACUUGUAUAUAUCUCUAUUAUUCUUAAUUUCGAAUAUUUUUGAUUAGAUGAUUCGCCCAGAGUU